UGCCCCUGGCUGUCUGGGACACACACCGCGCAGGCGCAGCGGGUUAGGAGGCAGCAGCAUCAAGUAGCAGCCGCUUUGGUGAGCAGCAUCCGCAACAGGUGUAGACAGAUCCCGCCUGACUCCGCCCUGGAAAGUCCUUUUGAAGAAAUGGCCCUGGUGAGGGGCGGCUGGCUGUGGAGACAGAGCUCCAUCCUUCGCCGCUGGAAGCGGAACUGGUUCGCCCUGUGGCUGGGUGGGACCCUGGGCUACUACCAUGAUGAGACAGCACAGGACGAGGAGGACCGCGUGCUCAUCCACUUCAAUGUCCGCGACAUCAAGAUUGGCAAAGAGUGCCAAGAUGUGCAGCCCCCCGAGGGCCGGAGCCGAGACGGCCUGCUGACCGUGAACCUGCGGGAGGGCUCCCGCCUGCACCUGUGUGCGGAGACCCAGGAUGAUGCCAUAGCAUGGAAGACUGCGCUGCUGGAGGCGAACUCCACCCCGGCCCCAGCUGGAGCCACCGUCCCUCCUAGGAGCCGCCGGGUUUGCCCCAAGGUCAGGUGUGUGACCCGCUCAUGGAGCCCCUGUAAGGUUGAGAGGCGGAUCUGGGUGCGUGUCUACAGCCCAUACCAGGACUACUACGAGGUGGUGCCCCCCAACGCGCACGAGGCCACCUAUGUCCGCAGCUACUACGGACCGCCCUACGCAGGUCCCGGCGUGACGCACGUGAUCGUGCGGGAGGACCCCUGCUACAGCUCCGGCGCCCCGCUGGCCAUGGGCAUGCUGGCCGGAGCCGCCACCGGCGCCGCGCUGGGCUCACUCAUGUGGUCGCCCUGCUGGUUCUGAGCUCUGGGGCCCCGAGCGCUGCAGCCUGCGCGUAGACCGCCAGACCCCUCUUCCUCCUGGACCUCACCCUCCACCAUCCGCGCUGUCCCGCUUGGGCCCCUUCCUGUCCGCUAGUCCCUUCUGGGCUUGAACCAUUGGUCCCACUCCCCACCCUCACCCAGGCAGAGACAUGGCUAGAGAUUCUCACAUCUGCAGCCAGACACCCCAGGAGCCCCCACAGACAUACAGGUGUAUCGCCUCCAAACACGCAAGGACACAGCGAGCACGAACUCCCUGGGUUCUCUGCUGUCUCGUCAGGGAGCCCCAGGCCUGGUGCAGAAACCAAGAGUAAACAGAACACUUGACCCAGCCUCCAUUAUCAGUCCUUUACAAGGACGUGGGGGUAGGGUUAUUGGCAAGCUCACAGGGCCAUGAACGUCAGGGCAUGUGGGAGGAAUUAAAGAGUUCAGUUGGGUUAGGAGUGAGGCAGGAGUCAGGUCAUGGUAGGCCUCCAGGCGAGGGGGGUUGCUGGGUGAAGGGGAUAUGGGAGCUGUUUUGGGGCUGCAUCUGUUAAUUCUGACAUACAUACCCAUUCCAAAACACUCCCUGAAUUUACCCUCCUUCCUACUCCCAACUUCCUGGGUCUCCUAUUCCCGCUGAAAACGUAGCUGAGCCCAGCGCGACAGGUUGGGGGACAGGGGAGCUGUUUUCAGUCCCCAGCCCUAAGAAAUUGCCACCAUCAAGAAUGCCUCUCUGAUCUCAGGGCUCAGCUCUCUGUAGCUGUGACUGUCGCCAUCUCAGAUUUCUCAUCUCUGGGGGAGAUGACAGUGUCACCCCCGGGGCCUGAUCCACCUUUGUACCAGUCUGGGAAGCUGCACAUGUGCCUGCCUGCAGGUGGCCCAGCAGCCACCUCAUUCGAUCCCUCUCCAGUCUCUUCCCCAUCCUGUCCUAACUGCCAGGAGAAAUGCUGAUGUCCCUCGGGUAGCCAGAGUAGCCCACUAAAGUUCCCUGUAGAGGGCUCCACUGGCUCUGCUGCAAACUAAUAAAGGUGUGGUCGGCUCUAGCCCUGGCUCCGGAUCCCUU